AGAAAAAAGGUUGAUUAGAGUAAGAGAUUCAUUUCCAAAAUCGUCCUAUCUUCCUAUCAUUUCUACCUUGCACGAUUCAGAAACAGAUCUUUGCGAUAUCGCAGAUUUUAACGCUCCUCGCACUUCCAAAGGCUUCGAUGAGAACGUACCUCUCGUAGCUCAGAGAUCCUCUAAAGCAGCAGAUACCUUCCCCAAAAAAGACGAUGAGAAUACUCGUCCUAACAUAGAACCGAUAGUUAAAAUUUCCCCUCCCACGCCAUUAAAAAAGAUAUCCAAAAGCAAUGCAGUUACGAUCGCCAAGAUAGACGCGGAGGAACAACACGUUAUUGUUGAAAAUAAAUGUACGAUAAAAAAAGUAGAUUCGUGCAAAGAAUCAGAGUCCCUAGAUGUGCCUUUCAAAAAUUCUAUUAUGCCAUAUGACGGAUCAGAGGACGGAAAAGUGUAUUCAAGAAAAAUGUGUCCCUUUCACAAACACGAACCUGCCAUAAAAAUUUUCGACGACGAUAUCGAGAAGUAUUUGAGAGACGAUCCGAGAACUAGCGUAUCAUCGAAUCAGAAAUUGAUUAAAUUACCGCUACUGCAGAGUACUUCUAAUAAAUACGACAAAAUUAAAAGCAAAAUAUUUCCUGCCAAAAACCAAAAGAUUAAAGAGAUUACUUCGCCACGAAAGAAAUUGGAGUAUUAUCCGGAUAAUGAUACAAUACCUAAUAUUCAAACGCAAUCUAUGAGGACGGUCGAUAGGAAAACGCGGGAAUUCUUAAAUUAUUCAAAACAAUGCGCGUACAAAGCUCUGAAGCACACGAGGCUGGGCAAGAAUUUAAAUUUCAAGCCCGAAAUGUGGGAAGAAACGUCGGGGAGAUCGCGCGCCUCCAGCGACAGAUCGAUAGUAGAUACAGACGACAAGUCGGACGUGGACGAGAGGGAAAGUCCCGAAUCCGGGACUCGUAGCCCGAAGUCCCCUUUCUUCCGCGAAAUGCAGAGGAGAUUGAGAAAAACAUGGGCUCCGAAUAUCGGGAGGCAAAGCACUCAGUAUAAGCUCUUCAGAUCGAGCUCCGGUAGAUGCUCGAUGAUACCCGCGAAAUCGUUGGCGAGGUCCGCCUUCAGUGCAAAGUUCGCCAGAUACGAAAUCAGGGAAAGCCGUUCGGCGAGCGUUUUAAAUGCUAUUCCAAAGGUGUCGUGCUUUCAACGCAGGAACCGCGACAGAUGCUUAUCCUGCAUGCAUAAAUCCGUGUGGAGGACGGACGAAGCCGACAAAGCUGUCCCCUCGCAAACGACAUUGCUGACGGAAAUUGAGGCGAGAGGCGACAGCGAGUCCAGCUCCGGCGAACUUCCGGAAUUUUGCGAGGAAUUACGGAAGAUAUAUCGUGGAAAGAAAGAAAUUCCGAGAUAUCCGGAAAGAAGUGAGGCUGUAUCGGACAAAUCAACAUCUUCGUCUCAUCAAGCGGAACAAGAAGAUACCGCGAUUUCGACCCCAAAGAUCGAGUCCAAUCAAUCUAAGAAUAAAACGGCGAAGCCCGUCGAAAGCACGCUGUCCAAAAGUCCAAAGAGCUUGAAAGCCGCUUCCAUUUCGGUCUCGAUAUCGUCGGAACCGUCGAAGAUUUCGUCCUCGGAAGUGCACACUUCUGACGACGAGACGUCAUCGCCAUUGGCACUGGAUGAUCCGUCGCGAUACAAAAACAUGGCGCCCUGUCAUUUGCCUACAGUUUUAUUACCAAGCAUGGAACCUCUGCGAGCCUUGAAAGACAGAAGACCGAUCACCAUGGAAUCACGAAUCGCUCUUAUGGAGACUACGGUAACAACGAAGGUGAGAUCUGACGAGGAAUAUUAUGACGACGCAAAAACUGCGGUCGCAAAAGCAUCGACGGAAAAAUCGCAGCCAAAACCGGCCGGCGAAAAGCCUGAGAGACCCGGCGAGGAGAAGGAUAUACCCUUAAAGAGCUCGAGAACCCUUUUGAAAGUUAAGUCGGAGCAGCAACUGAUAUCGCCGAUCGUAAAAUCUUCGCCAAAGGACGGGCUAAAGAGGGGAUACAGUUGCGCGAGCAUCGAGGAUUUAUCGAAGGAUUCUGCGAGAGGUACGCUCGAGAUUUCUCGAGGCGAGGCGAAAGAUGGGCGAGGAGAAGUAAUCUCUUUCACGGAAGAGAUAGAUUUGGAGUCGGUCUUCUCCGACCCGGAGAGGCAGACGGAAUUACUACCGCUGUCAACGGUCGCCGAAAUUUCGCGAUUUCUCGAGAGAGCGAAUCGGGGGGACGCGUUGGCCGCGGACAUGCUGGAAUGUCUGGCGGACGAAUUCGCCUCGCGACUGAUAAGACAACACAAGCACGCCGACGCGAUAGCGACGAUGAGGCGCGCUAAAUUAACCGCGAGAUUAGCAAAACUGCUGGCGGACUCGAAACGUUAUCUGAACCCCGAUAAAUUCCCGUCUGACCUUAUUUUCUCCUCACCACAGCCUCCCGCUUGCAAUUCCCGUUUGCUAAGACGUGUCCUGCCGCUCGAUUCCUACAAUCUCGUCGCGCCAUUAUUGGGCAUGCCGCUUUGGUAUCCAAAGAGAAUAAAAAGAGUGAAGCCCGCGGUGCCUUCCGAAGAAGAAGAAGAAGAAGAACGAGAAGAAGAAGAAGAAGACGAAGAAGAAGGGGCGAUUCCCUUCGACUUGGUGGUGCAUCCCCCGACGAGCAAAGAUAUUUCGAUGAAAGGAGACGAGGAUAAAGUAGGUCGGGCGCGAUCAAAUCCUUACGCUCUCUUUUUGAGGAAACCGCGACGCAAGGUUGUCACUUGGCGUCCUUUAACAGCGGAUGAUCUCAAAGACUACGAUCCCGAAGCCACCCUCGGGAUGAAAGCCAGAAAUAUCACGAACAGGAUAUGCCGCGACUUCUGCGGAUGGCUACGCGAUUUAGGCGGCACCAACAAAGUCAUCGACGAGGAGGUCCUCGGAGAUAUGUUCGAAAUUGACUUUACAGCCGAGGCCAGUAGAACGAUGGAGAUGUCGAUGAUGGAAAUGCCGAUGGUACCCAACGGGGUAGCCGCAGCGAGACAAUGUCCUGAUGCGGGCGAGCUUGCCAUGACCAGGAAGCACCUGAUUAGAGAUGCUAAAGCUGAGAGUAAGCCGGCCAAAACAAUGGCGUUUGGCACCGCGAUACCCUGGAAGCUUCAAUUCGUACCGCCCGGAAAUCGGGUGAGAGAAAGAUGGCUGCGGUGCGAAAACGUGAUGCCGGAUCUCGAGACGAUGGAUGUGGUCUGGGACGGCAUAACGUAUCUCGAGAGCGUCAAAGCUUUCGCGAAAUGGUUCGGCGAGCAUUCCAACAUUUCGCUGCCGAAGGCACUAACAAACGCGACCACCGAUCCCGCGAAACGCGCCGUUAAAUUAUACGCGACCAGAAAAGGACGCCAAACUAAUCGGUAG